GUGCCCGGCGCUCGCAUGGCCGCGGCGCGCCGCCGCCCCUGCCCCUCUGCCCCGCGCUGGGGUCGGGGCGGGCGCGGGCGCGGGCGCGGGCCCGGGCCGGAGGGCGCUUUGCCCGGCCCGGUGCGGCCCCGGGCCCAGCCGUCGGGCGGAGGUGGGGCCGGGGCUCCCGCCCCGGGGCACGGCCGCGAUGCCCGCCCGGCGGCGCGCGGGGCCGAGCUGCAGCCGGCACUGGCCAGCUGCCACCGGGAGGAGGAGCCGCGGCGCCUUAAAGCCCGGCUCGGCGGCCGGGAGAGGAAAACAGCCCGCGGAGGAGGCACCGCCCGAGCCCGAGCCGGAGCCGGAGCCCUGCAUGCCGCAGCGCUGAGCCCCGCCGCCCGCACCAUGAGGGCCCCCGCGCCCGGCCCGCGCGCCUGGCUCGCCCUGCUGCUGCUGCUGCUCGCCGGGGCCGGGCGCCUGGCCCGCGCCUGCAGCUGCUCGCCCGUGCACCCGCAGCAGGCGUUCUGCAACGCCGACCUGGUGAUCCGGGCCAAGGCCGUCUCGGGGAAGGAGGUGGAUUCCGGGAAUGACAUUUAUGGGAAUCCAAUCAAACGGAUCCAGUACGAGAUCAAGCAGAUCAAGAUGUUUAAAGGCCCCGACCAGGACAUCGAGUACAUUUACACGGCCCCAUCCUCCGCUGUGUGUGGCGUCUCGCUGGACACCAGCGGGAAGAAGGAGUAUCUCAUUGCAGGCAAGUCAGAGGGCAAUGGCAAGAUGCACAUCACGCUGUGCGACUUCAUCUUCCCUUGGGAGUCUCUGAGCGCCACCCAGAAGAAGAGCCUCAGCCAGAGGUACCAGAUGGGCUGCGAGUGCAAGAUCUCGCGCUGCCCCUCCAUCCCCUGCUACGUGUCCUCCUUGGACGAGUGCCUCUGGACGGACUGGGUGACGGAGAAGAGCAUCAACGGGCAGCAGGCCAAGCACUACGCCUGUGUCAAGCGCAGCGAUGGCUCGUGCGCGUGGUACCGCGGCGUGGCCCCGCCCAAGCAGGAGUUUCUUGACAUCGAGGACCCCUAGCCCCCGCCAGCAGCUGCAUCCCCUCAUCCGGUAGCAAAACCUGCGAGACAUUAGACUGGUCCACCCCUGACAUCACCUCCAGGAAACAGCAUGAAAACCCAGUGCCCUGCAUGGGCGACUGACCGCCACGGGGGGAGGGACCCACGCCCCAGCCCACCCCCACGCUGCGCUCCCCUUGCGGAGGGCCCGUGCCGCGCCGUCCCGGGGAACCCGCCAUGCCAGGCCCCAGAGCUGCGGUGGAGGGCGGGGGGUGAGCCAGUAGCUGGCCUACCGCGCCCCCCACCCAGCGGAGCACCCUCCCCAUGCUGCUCCGGCCCCACGCGCCUCUUGUUCUCAUCUCCACCAUUGAGCCAGCGUCCCCUACCGGUCCUGUCCCUACUCAACACGCACACCCCAUUGGGCGAGAAGGGAGCUUCCCCUGCUCAGGUCCUGGCCCCCAGAAAUGCUUUCCCAGCAGCCAAGUCUGCAGCCUUCCGCCAAAGGGGAUAAAGACCCUUGUGAUGGAUGGGAUGUCCCAGGAGAGGUCCUGUAGCAUCAGAGGGGGCAGGACUGUCCCCUGCCCGCUUGCUCCCAGGAGCUUUUGGGUCUUGGUUCUCCCAGUUAGUGGAUGCUGCAUCGGGGCGAGGGGGGACAGGCAGGGCUGGGCCCUGCAGUCGCACCCCCAAGUGCUAGGAAAGAGCAUGUAGCACAUGGGACUGUGCGUGCCAUCCCUCCCAUGGGGGAGCUGGUAGACUCAAUUCUGUGCCACUUUCAUCAUGCUAGUGCCAGAGCCCCUCCCUGUAGCCUGCUGGAAGAGUCUCGUUGCCACGCAGCAUCUCUGGUGAGAGCUGUUGGGGUGGAGAGGAGGUAGGUUGGGAGAGGCUGAGCUCCCAGCCCUGGGGCAGUGGGAUGCUGAGGGUGACCCUCCUGGCCUCUGGUGCCAGCUGUCGCGUGGGCACAGAACUCCAGAUGUUUCUGCAGUGUGGAGGGAGAACCGUGUGCGGGAACCCGGCGUCCGCACUGGCAGCAGCUUGUGCCAUGAAGCCAGGAAGCAUGUGAACGUGAGAAGACAGGCAGGCAGGCCCCUCUCCCAUGCCGAGGACACACGCGUGCACACGUCACACACAGCAGGCACGUCACAGCUGCCCGCCCACCCUUGACCCGUUUCUGAGCCAGUUCCCCUGCUGCAGCGCUGGGCAGCCCUGUGGCCAGCCCGUCUGGGGCACCGGCAGCCCUGGCUGCACCUUCAUCCCUUCAAGCGUCCCCAGGGCCUCCCUGCAGACCUGCUCCUGGGGCAUUUUCAUGCUGUGCAUCCAUGUAAGGUCAUUAAGAUGUCACUUUGGACCAGUCUGGGUGAUUUCCAUAGAGAUAGAAAAAAAAAAAAGAAUAACCCACCCUCUAAUCAAUCCAAUAUAAGACUCCCGUUUGCUUCCUGUAUGGUUAUAUCAUGUGUGACAUUUACUCCUGUCUCUGCUGACACUCUCUCUUUGAUUUCCAUGUUUUGGUUGGUUUGGCAUCUGCUCAUUCCUGUGCUGUAAUGUUUUUAUUUCCUCGUUAGGUGUUAGAAUUGCACUUAUUUUUGUAAAGGGUUUCUGCCUUGGAAGCGUUCAAUGCCAAGUGGGAAGAACGGCGAGGAAAUCUGUGGAGGGUUGAGUCCUCCGAGUCUUCCCGUUCCCCGGUGUUCGUGUUGCCCCCCGCCCUCUCGCCUGCCCUCCCCUCCCCUCCCCACUGAGCAUGAGUCCUCAGCUGCUGGGACUCAGAGAUGGGAUACGCCGGACGCUGGCUGGGCCCCACGGGCGGUCGUCUGCACGCGCCUCGCACACAGCACGGGCCCAGAUCCGUGUGACGGGACCCGAUGUCUCGAUUCUGCCCGGGGGCCUCAGCACCGCUGCCGCCUCCUGCCCCACGCCAUGCAAGCAACUCAAAAUACUUAAAAAAAAGUUUACAGGAUAGUUAUUUUCAGAUCUUUGCUUGAUCAGUAUUAAGAUAAGAAAAGUAUCUAACUUGCCGCCAUAAUUUAAAGCUUUGGGGGGUGGGGGGUGGUUUAUUGUGUUGGGGGGGUGGGGUGAGCAAUAUGUUUUUGCUGGACUCUGAAGUCUGAGACCUUCUUGUGCUGGAAACACAUGAAAGUUGUUGAAUAAUGACAAGCAGACUGUGCAUGUCUCUGAUGCUUUGUAUAAUUCAUAUGUGGACAUUUGGUCUUUGGACAAUAAACAGUAUUAUCAAAUAA